AUGGAGGGCUCAAAUCCUUCUGAUAUUCUCCCAGAAAAAGCCGUGGAGCCGAAAGGAAAACUCCUGAAUCUCUGGUCCCGAUGCAUCGCAAAGCCCGGAAUUUUCAUCGGCUCAUCAAUCGUUCGUAUGUGGAGCCACGUGGAUUUCAAGCAGCGUUUAGCUUGCGCGACAGUUAGAAAAAUCGAUUUGGCAUCGAAAUGCAUCAAGCGUCUUCCAGAUGUGUCGCUGAGCUGCCACGUCAGCGCUAGUUUUUCGUUGAAUUCGGCGAAAAAUACGGAAAAAAAUAUGGGCGGUUCCGAAGAGGAUUUUGAAAAACGAGAACGAUGCCGAAAAAUUGCGAGAAUAGAAUACGAAAUUCGAGUUUGGAGCGUCGACUGGAGGAGCGAAGCAGCCGAGUUUGAGAGACGAUUUUUUGAACUAAUUCUGAUUUUUUGUACUUUUUAUUCUCGGCGAGCAAACAUUAUGUUUUCUGAAAAUUUUUACUAA